AUGCCUCGCAAACCUAAUGUUGCCGAUAAUGAAUUAAUGGACCUCCUUGGUCUUGGGUUGUCCGGCCAUUCUAUUCCUGAUCAAAAUGAUUUGGAGCGCGAGUUUAUGGCCCUUAUUGGUGAAGACUACGGUUCAUCAGAUAUAAACAUUGCAAAGCAGCUCUUCAAGCACAAUAAUUCAGCGCCUGAUGAUUUUAGCACUGAUUCAGUUACAGAUGUGAAUGAAGACGAUCCUGAUUUGCUCUUGGAAUUAGAGUCGUGUCUUAAUGAUGCCAAAAUGAUUGGCUUAUCCUCUAUCAAUGAUGCAGACAGGUAUAAAGAAUCUGAACUUGGGGAAUCUUCUCAACAGGUUCAUGAAGUUGCCUUUGCUGCUGAUCGCAUCUUGACCCUUCAACAGGUUCAAGAAAGGGGUUAUCAGUAUGAAAAGAUGGCCGCCUUACGUGCUCGUGAGACGGGUAAUUUGGCUCGCGCCAAGGAGCUCCUACACGUUGUCAAGAUUUUGGGUGAGGUUAUUCCUCGUAUAGAGCUUGGAGAAGAGCAGUUCGAUCCUGAGAGUGAUAUGCCCCCCCCUCCAGAUCAGUUUAAGAGUUUGGCCACCCAAGACUCUGGUCUGGAUGACCCCUCUCUGCACCAGCAACCAGCUUCAGAAGGCAGGUCGCCAACUUCAUCAAAUUCAGCAACUUUAGAAAAUCUCAAAGAGCGUAUGGCUUUCUACCAGGUGACAAUUAUCCUCCAUAUUACUUUUUUUACCUUGUAA